UUAUAUAAACAAUAACAAAGAAGUUUUUCGACGGAAUAAUUUUUUUCCAAUUUCUUCAAUAACUCUUAAAAUCAUAGGUUUUAUCGAGUUUGAAAGUUGCCUUUGAAUAAAAAGCGAAUAUUGAAACUUGCUGAACCUAAAGGAACCGGAAGCUACAGGCCCGGAAGUGGAAAAUGAAUGACGGAAAAGUGAGCGUAAGUUUCUCCUGCCAGAGAUGUCUACAACCGAUCAACAUCGACGAUUCUUUCGCGGCUCUCGGGGAACACACGCUAGCCGAACUGGCCCUCCCAAUCAACUCACACAUCGAAGUGGACAUCGAAUCCCAGUCGGCCAGUUUGGACCACUUCGUUCCUCCAUUCCGUUUGGCAACCGAGUUUAGUAGUGGUCCCGAUACCAAUGGCUUCAUGCUGCUCUCGGACGGUCCGGAUCGAGAGUCGCUCAGUCAGAAUUUUCGCAUCAAGGCCGAGCUGUUCGAUACGCUAUCUAACAAUUCUGAAAUCGAUCAUCCACUCUGCGAUGAAUGUACCGACACGCUGCUAGAGCUGAUGGACAAACAGCUGAAGAUGGCCGAGGACGAAUGGAACGAUUACAACAACUAUCUGAAGAAACUGGAGCUAACUGAUGAUGUGCCCAAUGUCGAUCAGCUGGAGAAGGAAUUGGGUGAUCUGAACGGGGAAGAGGAACGCUUGCUGCAGGAACUAGCCGAACUUACUCGGGAAGAAAACGCAAUCAAACAGGCCGUAAAGGAGCAGGAAGAGGAAAAGGAACGGCUAAGCAAUGAGGAGGAAAAAUACUGGCGAGAAUACACCAAACAUCGAAGGGACGUUAUCACGACCGAAGAUGAGUUUCGGUCCUUGGAGUGCCAAAUGUCUUACGCACAGGUUCAGCUGGACAAGCUGAAGAAAACCAACGUUUUCAACGUUACAUUCCACAUCUGGCACUCGGGGCACUUCGGAACAAUCAACAAUUUCCGGCUGGGCCGGCUUCCCUCGGCUCCCGUCGAUUGGUCCGAAAUCAAUGCGGCCUGGGGCCAAACGUGUCUGUUGCUGUCCGCAUUGGCCCGAAAAAUGAAUUUGGUCUUUAAGAACUACCGUUUGGUGCCGUACGGAAACCAUUCUCACAUCGAGGUACUUGCCGAUGGGAAGGAAUUGCCCCUUUACGGUAGUGGUGGGUUUCGGUUCUUCUGGGAUACCAAAUUUGAUACGGCCAUGGUGGCUUUUCUAGACUGUCUGCAGCAGUUCAAAGAGGAAGUCGUCAAAAAGGAUCCGGACUUUUGUUUGCCCUAUCGUAUGGAGAAGGGCAAAAUCGAGGACUCGGCCACGGGUAGCAGUUAUUCUAUCAAGAUUCAAUUUAACUCCGAAGAGCAGUGGACGAAAGCGUUGAAGUUCCUGCUGACCAAUCUCAAGUGGGGACUCACUUGGGUAUCUUCGCAAUUCACCGAAGAUAAACACUAGCAAUGAUGGGAUAGAUUUCCGCCUUGCAAAACUUUGGAACAACCAAAUGAUUCUGAUUUGUACUAUUAUGUUACGGCUGUUAGUUUGUAAUUAUUAUAAUCGUAUUCUAAUAUGUGAUUUUAGGAUGGAAAUAUAGCGUUAUUUUAGUUUUUCAUGUAAAAUAA